AUGUUCAAGUACAUCGCACUUUUCGCCUUCGUGGCCGUUGCCCAGGCUUCCACCAAUGUCCACACAUGCCGGGUGUUCUCUGGCGCGCUCCCUACAGCCACCACUAUCGAGGGAUGCCGCAACCCCCCGUGUGACCUUCCUCAAGGAAGGAACGCUAUCAUCCACAUGACAUUCAACGCACCUCGCAACAUCAACUCAAUGCGCACUCUGGCCACCGCUUUCCUCGGCAACGUGGCAGUCCCCUACCCGCUGGGCAACAACGAGGUCACUUGCAACUUCAUCACCAACACGCGCUGCCCCGUCAACCGCGGCCAGCUGAUACACUACACACUCAGAAUGUUCAUUGAGAGGAGCUUCCCCGUGGGCACAUCAACAACAGUAGAAUUCCGUAUUGUCGACCAACAAAACAGCGCUGUUGUGUGUGUGCGUGUGCCAAUCAGGAUCACGGCGUCCCGCGAGCUCGACUAUGUGCCACAGGUUGACGAGAAUUCACAGAUCGAUGAAAAUGUUCAGAUUGACGAAAAUGCUUAUUAA